UGAAAUCCAUCACACCCGUGGGUCGUCUCGUUCGCAUAUCACCCAUCCAUGGCCGUCUGCUCACGGAUCGCCGCGAUUUUCGGGUCAAUAACUAUGAGAAAGACGACACGGUUCGGAAAAAAAACACCAUAGUUCUGACUCAAGGCAUAGGAGGGACAGGCACGCAAAUUAGGGUUUCGGUCGAAAUUAGGGUUUCCUGACUUCCGUCGAAUUCCUGCCAACCUCGUCACCGGAGCAGCUCGCCAGCGCGAUGGAAGCCCCGGAAACUUCCUGGAAUCCACUGGAGCUUCUCCUUCUGUUGCGCUGCGUAGCGAAGUUAGGUCUUUCUGACAAUCCUUCCCCCAGCACCUCCCGCGCCGUAGCUGGAAGCGCAGGAGGAGAAGCGGUGGCCGUUGAGAGUGGUACAGAUGGGUUAUUGAGCGGGAAUAGCGACGGCUGGACGGUAGUGGCUGCGGAGAUGCAGAAACGAUCGGCGUUUGUCUCCCAGAGGCCCUUGGAUCGCCCGCACACUGCUCGGGAGUGCUUGCAGGUGUAUGCCAGCGUUGCCAGAGGCCUUCCAGAGGCGGCCAAGAGGGGUCAAGCGGCUGAUUCAAUGACAGGGUUGGAGCCUGCGCCUGUGCCUGCGCCUUGCCUCGCUGCUGCUACUGCGCCGCAUGUCAGAGCACAUACGAGUGCGCACGGCGAAGGCCCAGCCAAGAGAGUAAAGGGCUGUGACACAAGCGACGGGCGUGCAGGGCGCGAGGGAGAUGCAGAAGCAGGAUUGGUAGGGAGCGACGGGGCCAGGACAGAGGAAGAUGGAAGAGGAAGGGGAGAGAGGGCACAGGGAGGACAGGGCCAAGGACAGGGAGAGGGCGAGGGCCAGGCAAGAGGGGCAGGCACACGUGAUGCGGAUGGAAGGGCGGUGGUGGUGGGGGUGGAAGGGCGGGUGAAGACAGUGCUUGUAAAGAGACUAAGGAGGUGGGCGGAGGGCAGGGAGAACAAGAGGCGGAGGGUAGGUGAGGAGGAGGUGGGGACGGGAGAGGGCAGGGAGGAAAGGCAGCAGCAGGAGCAGCAGCAGUCGGGGCAGGAGCAGCGGCAAGAGCAGCAGGGCCAGGAACGGGAGCAUGAAGCCGUAUUACGAGAGGAUCUGGGCGAGGGAGAGAGAGGGAGAGAGCGGGGCGUGCAGGAGGGUGGUCACAGAGAGGCGUGGGCCAGGGGGGGCUUUCGGGUUUCGGGCAGUGGGCUUGUAGGGGAAGCAGGCAGUGGGGGGAUUAGGGAGAGGAGGGGGGGUUGGGCGGAGAGAGGAGCUGCUGACGAGAAGGUGAAGGGGGUGGGAAGAGCGGAGAAGGAGGGGAGAGAGAAUGUGGCGUUGGAGAGUGGGAGGAGGAGCAGCGAAGAGGAGGCGGAGAUACGGGGUGGUGGUGGGGAGUCUGCAGUAGCAGAUGGAGGGAGGGGUCCGGAGGAAGACGUGUUAGGGGAUCGAGAGGAGGGUGACGCAGAGAGGAGGAUUUUGAGGGAAAGAGAGAGGGAAGCAACUGGGGAAGGGGCUGGCAGGUGGAGAGGGGAGAGGGGGAUGAGAGAGGAAGGGAGGAGGGGAGGGCCAGCAGGCAGGGAAGGGGAGAGUGACAGAGAGGGAGACAGAGGAGGAGUUCUUAGGGGGGCGAUGGAGGGUGGGGAUCCAACAAGGAGUGACGCGGCUGCGAGCAGUUGGCAGGGAAAAGGGGGAGGAGAAGGUGGGGAAGGAGGAGGCAAGGGGGAAAGAGGAGGAGAGAGUAAAGGACGUCGUUUGAACGGAAUGGGUGAAAGCGGACGAAAACUUAGGGUAGGCCAUGAGCAUACAGGUUCCCAGGACAUUUCGAGGGGUGAAGCUGGGGAGGCAUGUGGCAGGGAUGGUAUUGGAGGAGCUGCGGAAGGGGACGGGACAGAGGGGCAGCGAGACGAGGGCAGCAGAGGGGUGGAGAGGGCGGCAGGUGGCAGUGAGCGCGAGGGAGAUAAGAGGGGUGUUGAUGUGGAGAGGUGUAAAGCGGAGGAUGGGCUUGGAGAUGUGGAGGUGGGUGGGAGGGGUGUGAGAGAGGGGGGCCCGUGGGAUGUAGCAGUGGGAGAAGGGCGGAAUGACAGAGAAGGAAGUGAAGGAAGAGAGGCAGGUGCAGGUGCGGGAGACGAGGAGACAAAGGGGUGGGGAAGGAAGGAGACAGCGAUGGAAUGUAGAGAGAGUGAAGGAGAGAUGCUGGCAGCGAGCGGAGAGGCGAUGAGGCCUAUGGCGGCAUGCAACGGGGAUGCGCCGAGAGGGAUAGGAGAUGCAGAUGAUUUUGGCCCUGCGGAAGGGGAGGAGUUAAAGACGAGUGAUGUGACGAAGAUUGACGGUAAGGAAGGAGUAGUGGCUGGUAGAGGUGAGGAGGAGAGGGGUGCCGUGUGGGGGGAGGGUGUGAACAUGGUGGGUGAUAAGCUCGGUGUGGCUGGAUCGAAGGACAGGAGGACGGGGGAAGCAGCAGAGAUAGACGCAGAUGGAGCAUACACGAGGAGGGAAGACACGGGAAGGGAGGAGGAUGCGGGGAAGAGAGAGGAAAGUGGGGGUGAGAGGAGAGUUACAAGUGAAGUUUGGAAGGAGGUGCAGGAAGGAGGAGGGGGUUGGGGGGAUAUGGAAAGGGUUGGAGAAGCAGAAGGGGAGGUGCAAUCACUGCAAGCAGUGCCAGCAGCAGCAGGGCAUGCGGGGGCUCUUCCCCUAACGCCACUGAGUAAAGCAAGAGGGGCGGUGGGGAGGGUUCAGUACCGAAGGCGGAAGGGAGGGGGGGGUUUCACACCUCUCAAGAAGGGCGCUGGCGUGGCUCUGGGUGAGCCGGGGGACGUUGCUUGCGUGUUGCGUGCGGGGUCUGAUGCCCACUCUCGUUUCACUGCUCCAGAAGCAGCUGUAACAGCAGUGACAGCAGUAACAGCAGUAGGCGGAGCUGAAGGUACCUCUGCUUGUGGCCCGUCUCCUCCUCGCAUGCUUCUCCGUCGCUGUGUGACAGAAGGCCAGGAGGGGGCAGGUAGGCUGGAAGGGCCGGGUGAAGGGGCAGGGCGUGGCGGGGAAGAGGAGGUAGAGGAGCAGCAGCAGGAGUCAGAAGAGAGGACGCAUGGGGAGGGUAAUUUACGGAUGGAAGAGGAGAAGGAGAGGGAGCAGGAGGAGGAAAAGGAAGAGGAAGAGGGAGAGGAUGUGACGCGAGGAGGUGAGGGAGGAGAAGCGGAGGCGUGUGUAGGGAUUCUGCAGGAGGCAUGGGGGGAGAGAGCAGAGUGUGGUGGGUGGGAGGGCGGGGUGGGGGCGGUGGUGGGGAGGGCAGUGGGAGCAACAAGUGUGAGGCAGGGUGCAAGCGGGCAGUCUAGCCCUCACAAGAGAGUCAGACGCCCAGCCUCCUCAGCAGAAACGUCUCCGACUGGUACUUCUGAUGCUGCUGCUGCUGCUGCUGCUGCCAAUGCUGCUGCAGCUACCGCUGGUGCUACUGCUGCUUCUCCUGGUGCUGCACGUGCUGGUGUUGGGACGGCUGCUGGGGAAGAGGGCACAGCAGCACCUGUUGCUGCGGUGAUCUCGAACAGGAAGGGGACCAGCAAGAGCACCAGCCAAAGGGCGUCUUCGCCUGAAGCUGUGCCUACCGCUGCUGCCGCUGCUGAUCCCUUCACUGCUGCGGUAGUUCUAGAGGGCAAUGGCUUGAGUCUGAUGGAUGGAGGUGGGCGGGUGGACGGCACACCUCUGCAUGCGCUUGCAGGGGGAGAUGACACGAAGCAGGGGAAGGGAAGUGGUGGUGUGGGUGCAAGUGACGGUCAUCUGUCGGAGGAGCAGCGCACGGUGGUGCAGGCGUGGCGUGGCAUGUGCGCGCAUCCCCUCGCUGCCACCUUCUCAUGCCCACCGCACUCCAAAGAGCACCCUGACUACUCCUCCAUAGUGCGGCAGCACAUAGACCUGAGCAUGAUCGGCAGGCGGGCUUUAAGUGGCACGUACGCGUCGCGGCACACCUUCUUCCGGGACGUGGUGCAGCUUCUGGCCAACGCCUUCGUCGCCUUCCCGCACGACUCACACCACUUCACCGCCGCGCUCUCCUUCCGCUCCCACCUCUGCCAGGAAAUGUCUGCCGCCUUUCCCCAGGACUCGUGGCCCCUGCCCCUAUCCGACCGCGGGGCAGCAGGCAUGCGUCCCUCCUGCAGCCACAGCAGCCGCGAAAGCUUCCCCUCAGGGCCGCACACAGGCGCAGGGGGCGGGGAAUGCGUGGAAGAUAAUGGCACAGGGAAUGCAGGCAGGAGGGCUACUAUGGACGCGGAAGAAGCGACAGUGCUGAGAGCGGGGGAAGGGACAGCAGAGGACAGAGGAAGCGAGACGGAGAGCGGUGCAGGGGGCAGUGGGAGGGAGAGGAGUGCACACAGCGAGGCAGAGGAGGCGACCGCAGCAGAGGGGGGAGCAGCUGCGCAGAUUAGUCCCACCAGCCCCACCAGCCCUACAAGCCCUUCCGACCCUACCAACCCUACGAGCCCUACGAGCCAUGGUGGCAGUGCGGGGGGCAUGGUGACUAGGCAGAGGAGGCGAUUGCAGGAGGAUGGGGCAGCGGAGAGCAAGCAGAGGCGGCCGAGGGACAGCAGGGGGAAGGGAAUGGGGCGAUGAGAGAUGUAGGGGAGGGACGAGAUGGGGUCGAUUGGUGUUAGGUAUGCAGGUGAUGGAUGAUUGAUGUGGAAGCGAUGGCAGCACGGGUGGGUGGGGAUUGUAGUCCAGAGCAAGGAGGGUCAGGGUAGUGUUGCUGAGCCGAGGUCAGGCAAGGAGAGGCAAGGAGAGGCAAGGAGAGGCAAGGAGAGGCAAGGAGAGGAGAGGCGAGGAGAGGCGAAGAGAGGCGAGGAGAGCCUGCCUGAGAAUGGUGUGAUACCAUGUUGUGCCGGAGAUGUCAGCUACAGUACCGUUAGGUACUUGAUCUCCCAUCACUACGUGCAUGUGCACCAGCAUCUAAUAGCACCAGGCAGCUUCCCAAUGGUGAGUUGCACUUUCUUUUAGGCUCAUGA